UGAAGGCCAGGGUGGGAGGUUGUGGGAGGAGUCCAGGUUUCACUUCCUUGCUGGCUGGGGACUCCCAGCCAGAUGGAAGAGUGAGAACAGCUAAGCCGGCCCUCUCCUUCCACUGCACCUGGCCUGGAGCAAAGCGCACAGGCGGAUGGGCAGAGCAGAGCCUCUGGGAGCAAACAUGAAUGCCCGGGUACCCUCGGACCUGUGGAGCCAACCAGAUGGGGACACCGAGCUGCUCCAAGACUUGGGGUGGUACCACAGCGACCUCACGAGGCACGCCGCAGAGGCCCUGCUCCUAUGCAAUGGGCGCGAUGGCAGCUACCUCCUGAGAGACAGCCAAGAGCAGCCGGGCCAGUACUCCUUGUCCGUGAGAGCCAAAGACUCUGUCAAGCACUUCCACGUUGAAUACACUGGAUACUCAUUUAAAUUUGGAUUUAAUGAAUACUCAUCUCUAAAGGAUUUUGUGAAGCAUUUUGCAAAUGAGCCUUUGAUUGGAAGUGAGACAGGCACCCUGAUCGUGCUCAGACACCCCUACCCCAAGGAUGUGGAGGAGCCAGCCAUCUACGAGUCUGUCCGGGUCCACACAGCGAUGCAGACAGGGAGGACAGAGAGUGACCUCAUGCCUGCUGCACCUUCUCUGGCCACCAAAGAGGGCUACCUCAUGAAGCAGGGUGGCCUGGUCAAGACAUGGAAAACAAGAUGGUUCACUCUGCACAGAAAUGAACUGAAAUACUUCAAAGACCAGAUGUCACCAGAACCAAUUCGGAUCCUAGACCUCACAGAAUGUUCUGCUGUACAAUUUGAUUAUUCACAGGAAAGGGUAAACUGCUUUUGCUUAGUAUUUCCAUUCAGGACAUUUUAUCUCUGUGCGAAGACAGGAGUAGAAGCUGAUGAAUGGAUCAAGAUAUUGCGAUGGAAACUGUCACAAAUAAGGAGACAGCUCAACCAGGGAGAAGGCACCAUCCGAUCCCAUUCAUUCGUUUUUCAGUAGGUCUUUGUGCCAAGGAGCACCGGCCCUUGAGCAACGUGGGGAGCUGUCCGACGCCGAUCCCUGGCAGGCUUAGGUGACAGCUGAGAAGAGCAGCCUCAGCUUCGGACCCGUGUUGUGUGGUUGCAGACCCAUGGAGCACCACUUCCUCCUAUGAUGCCACCUCUGCUGCUGCUGUUGCUGCUGCUGCUGCUGCUGCUGGCCUCGCCUGGGUCUGUUGACUCAGGACAGGCAGGGAAAGGAUGGCAUCCAUGUGGCAUUCCAGGCUGUGUACAUUGUCACCUGGGCCCCCUUGAGUGACUUGGUCAGGUCAUUUGCCUCUAGCUGUGCUGUGACCACAGGGAAAAGUUCCAGGAGAUUUAGGAUGGACACUCCUCACAACACAAACCCAGUAGCAAGCACUGCAGACUUGAAGGAGGGUUCGUUAUUUGCUUUUUCUUUAUAUGUUUCCAAAACUACAAUAGAAAAUGUUUGCCAUAAUUAUUUUCUCCUUUUAGAAGUCUUUGAAAUUUAAGGGCCAGAAAAUCACUCAGUGGAAUAAGCGCUUCCCUGGAAAGCACAAAGGUCUAAGUUCAAUCCCCAGUUCCACCAAAAAAAAAAAAUUUAAUGGUCCUUUUCUUCUAAUAAAACUAUCAAUGAAUGUCCCUUGGGUAGGUCAAAAAAGGGAAAUGAAGGCACAGUCUUUAAAACAUCUCUUGCAACCAUUUGGGGAGAAAUGUCUGAGAGAGGAAACAUAACUUGAGGAAGGGUAAUAAAAAGUAAUCUAUCACUUAAUAAUAGUUACUACAAUGAUUACUGUUGCAGCUGUAAUAAUCACAGUGCAUCUGUAAGCACUAAGGCACCUUUAGCCAACAUUUCUCCCCAGCACUGAAGGAGACUUUUCCAUGAGUGUGUUGUAGCAAUCCUACCUCCAGAAGGAGCUGUGCAGGAUUCACCCUCUAGCACUGUGCACCUUAUUGAAGGACAGCUUGUAUUGUUGCUCAGGGAAUAACACUAAAUCCCCAUGUCAUAGACAGUGUCAUAGUGCAGUUUCACAUUGGAAUAAGAGGAGUGAAGUAGUAAUAACAGGUGCCCGGAGUGCAUCAACAGGUCCUAGCUUCUGUUUGUUUCUGUUUUCUUCUGUGAUCUUCAUUAAUAUUGCUCAUUGAGAUAGAUGUUUGAAGGCAGCAAAAAUAGAUGAAGAAUCUGAAAACAGUGGCCCCAAGAGGCAUCUUGUUACAUGAGUACCAGCUGGACAGACAUGUUGAGGUUAGAGCACAUUUAAUAAACUUUCCUGUCCGUCUUACACAGAAUAAGGCCAAUUUCAAGUGAAAGUGCACUGCAUCAAGCUUGCAGGAAGAAGUCACCACUGUGUCCUCACUGAAGUGUAUGGUUUGGUUCUGUUUUCUUAAACACAAGGGUGUUUCUCUGUGUAUGUAAUAUGAACUUUCUGUAAGACAUGUUUAUUUAUAGUCUUCAGUUUUAUUAAAAAGACCGUGACUU